AUGGCGACACCACAUCUGAAACCAGCUAUGCAGCCAUCCCCCCUCCAAAUCCUCGUCGGCGAUCCUGCUAUGCUAUCAACCACCCACCUGCCCAGUUUGCAAGCCCUCGCUGUCCAGAUCCAGUACAACCUGCAACAUCAACACCACUGGACCGACCUGCGUGUCCAUACUCACUCCCCGGCUACCAAUGAGCUCCUCCCUCGACCGCUACUUUCGGGCCUCCCGCCGCAGAGGCUCUAUGUCCAUCCCGACGAGCAGAUCGAACUGCUCAAGGACGCUGAGCGGCGGCGGAGAGCGAGCCAGAAGGAAGGAGAGGAUAAAGGCUCGCUGGAUGUCAAGGCAGACCCGGAGCGGGAAUGGAUACUACCUACCCGACUUAGUGAGAAGUGGACGUUGCGGCGUCUGAAUGACGUCUUCAGCGGCAUCACCUUGGUUCCCCCAGCGGCGGAGACGUUGAGCAAAGAGAAGGAUCGCUUAGCCAAUCCGUGGAGAACUACGAAGAGGCUAGUGCUGGCAACAGUUGACUCCGACAGCACCGUCGUGUACUACAUCGUCCACGACGGAGUGGUCAAACCAAGGCAGAAUUAG